AUGGGUUCAUGUAGAAAGACACAGUCGCUUGGCUGUGCCAUGAAAAUGUAUACUUUCUGGGUGGAGAACAGAACGAAGACUGGAAAAUGCACGUGGCAGAUCAACAUCAUUCAAGGUAAUGUUUUUAUUUGAUUUUGGGGUUUGUUGUUUUUCUGUUUAUGCCUUUCCCCUUGAAAACGCAGUGCUCUUCACUGUGAUGUGUAGGUGUUGAUUUUUUUUUUAAGCUUGGCUGCCAUAAUCGAUGUAACAAUAAGUUCGAAAACUACACCCGACCAUUGUCCUGGUUUGUGCGAGGGCAAUGGGGAGAGUUCACCGAAAGGACAAAUUUUCUAUCCCAUUAAUUGUUUUUUUAAGAGAAGCAGACUGACCCAUCAAACCCUUGACCUUUAAAGGCAGGAUUCUUUCUAGCUGCUGGACCUAAAUCUGCUCCUCUUGCCCUGUUUCUCUCUCUCUCUCUCUCUCUCUCUCUCUCUCUCUCUCUCUCUCUCUCUCACACACACACACACACACACACACUCAUUGUAUAUUACCAAAGAAAGCGGCUCUGGAUCCUAAAGGUGGAAGCGCCUUCAUGUUUCAGACAGAGUAUAUGCAAAUGCCAGUCCUUGAAACAUUCGGGCGUAAAGGUCUAAGCUCUAAGGGGUCCCAACCACAGACAAACAAGGGAGGAGGGCUAGAAUUGUGCUGCUUGCCUUUUCCUCCCACUCAGAGAUGUGGCAUGCGCGGCGCAGGUUUGUUUGUUUGCGUUUUUAUUUUAUUGCUGCCUUUGGGAUUCACCCAUGGCCACCAUCCAAUGCUGAAGAGGGAUUGCCACGUGGAUUCCUGGAGAAGGGACUGGCCAUUUUGGGUUGCAGCAGCUACAGGAAGAGAUGGGUUUGCGUAUUUAAGGGAACGAGAAGGGAGGAAGGCCCAGACUGGUGGGAUUUGGCUGGUUUCCAUCUCAUGCUGUCUAUAUUUUCCCCAAUUUUAUAAGCAGAAGGGUGUGCGUGUGUGUACGUGGCGCUGUGUAGGGUUAGAGGAUUGCGAAGGACCGUUUCGUCUCUCUCUCCCCCCCCUGCCCCCAAUACACACAACCCAUCUUCAAACUUUAGGCUCAUAUUUGCUAACUUUGAGCGUGUGAAAUGAUCGCCGCAGGCCUCCAGACGAUUCUACAAGCUCCAACACUCCUGGUCCAAGUCUUUCAUGCCCAACAGACGCUACAGAACUAGCUUGAAACUCUGCUCCCCUCCCUACUUUCCUUUUAAGAGAAGUGCCCCUCGGUUUGCUUAGCUUGUUCACUACAGAAAUAUACAGAUCAAUAUCUUGGUGACACCAUUUCACCGGGCAACCUCAGCAUGAACCGACCGGGAAGACCAAUAAACAAGAACUGCGAGGUUUUGGAUGUGAUUUAUAGUAUGCGGAGAAGAGACAUUAAAAAAAAAAGACAGACAGAAAGAGAAAGUUUCAGAAAGAGAAAGUAGUGUCUUUUUCCUACACUUCCAUUACAAGAGAGACAGAUGGACACCUAAGACAGAAGUGCUACUCUCCGGGCAGAGACAAUCUCUGACGCGCAGGCUUGGCUAGGUUGAGAAGGAGGAGUAGGUGUGAAGAUAUUGUUCUUGCCCAGCUUUGAGGGAAAUGUUAGCUUUGCAGUUCUGCUAAUUGCCAGCUCCCUCCAGAGCAGUUUAAUUUACUCACUCCUUUGGCCAUGCUGCGGCCCAGGAGGAUUAGGCCGCCAAGUUCUCUUAACUUCAUACUUUGACCCCAUUUGAGCUCAUUGGCGCUUUUGCCUGUUUCAUGAAUAAUAAGCAGUAGUCCCUCCCCCCCCCCGUUUUAAAGUACAUAUUACCCCUCCUUCAAGAAUCCUGAAAGCUGUCGUUUACCCCUCCAGAAAACUACAGUUCCCAGCACCUUUAACAAAUGAUGGUUCCAAGGAUUCUUGGGGGAAGCGGGGAUGUGCUUUAAUGAUAUGAUGCUCAGGCAACUGUAAAUUAGGCGCGUUGAAAUCUGGGUUGAAUCCAACCUAAGGUACCUGCACUUGGAUGCCAUUGAAAUCGAUGCGACAAGUCAGACAUUAAGCCUGCAAGCCUGACCCCACUUACCUGGAAGCCACCCUCCUUGCAUGCAAUGGGGCUUGCUUAUGAGUAGACGUGGCCAGGAUUGCUCUGCUAAUGCCUGAAACCGGUGGGCCCUAAGUGCAACUAGCUCGUUCUAGAUUAAACCCACCGCGCCUAAAGUGCUCGCCAGUCCUCAUUGCAUCUCAUCCAGUCGAGUUUCCGCCUGCCUCGCUUCCUUUCUGGAACUGGCCAAGGUGUGAAACACCUUUGUCUUCCAGGACUGGGUGGCAACACUCCUGCUGACCUCAGAAGAAUCAAGUUGUCACCCCAUCCGACCAGUUCAAAGGGAAUACUGACUAAAUAGGGUUAUGGCCCACGCCGUGGCCGUUCUCUUACCGACUCGCCUGCCUGACAUCCCUAUAGCCAGGACUUUUUAUCAGGCGGUCCCUGUUGUGAUGAAAGGCGUGGGUUCCAAAUCAUGUCUGCUGCCCCAACCUGCUGCCACUGACAAUAAAAAGUCGAAUUCAAAUGACUGAUUCGGGGGCUCGGCCGCUUCAUUCUGCCUGGGCCUGACAAGCCCCGCGUUAUUAAUGCCCAAAUGAUAUCCCCAGAAACUGAAAAGCUGUCAAAAACCGGCGAGAUGAUGAGGCCUAAAUAAGCAAUAGAGAAGCACUGCGAGGGUAGAUAAAGCUGUUGUGUCUGUUCUUCUCGGGUAUUGAAAUUUUAAUCUGGCCGGGUUGGGGAGGGGAGGGGAGGGUUGGGGGUGAGAGAGAGAGAGAAAGGAUGGGAUGUCACGUGACAUUAAAUAAUUAAUGCAGAUCUUCACGAAUGGAUCUGUGACGGUCAGUUCUCACUAGUAGGAGUGAUUCUUUCCGAAGUGAAAGGGAACUUCCUCCUUGACUUCCUUUUUUUUUUAAUAUAUAAAAACAAAAAACCCCAAAAAGCAUGCCUACCUGGUUUAUCUUUUGCAAGGCUCCUUAAACUCCUUAAGCGAGCAAUAAGGGGGAUGAGGUCGGUAAGUAUGCGCAGGCCGGUCGUGUGCCUGGACUGCCUUUCAUUGUUUGCACUUGCCUUCCUUUUUGAUUGGGGAGCCUUGACUUACCGUAAGCGACGGGGAGAUUUACGAAAUGUUCCAUCUUUGUUGCGAAGUUGCCUUGUGGUCGCAUUAUGCCUUUUUGGUGAUUAAACCUAAAGCGAGGCGAGGCGAUUUGAUAACGUUCGAGUACUAAUUCACACACUGUGGAAAGUUGCCACAGUGCGGGAGUCCUGGCUUUUUUGUGUGUGUGUGUUUUCCCCCCAAUUUGCCAGGCGUUCAUAAAUCACCGGCUCGCAGAGCAGGGCCAAAAAGAGAAACCGGAGAGGCGGCGGCGGCAGCACCAGCAGCAAGCAUUGUGAGGAAGGGAAUAGAGGCAGGCGAGGCGGGGGGGGGGGGGACGACAACAGAAGUCAUGGACACAUUUCUCUAUGACUCAUCAUUAAGCAGCGCGAUUUAGUACCCAGUUUAAAGCACCGCAAUUAAUAGCAGAGUUUUGUGAUAAGGUCCCCCCCCCCUUUAACUCAUGGCGUUUUGUUAAGUGCUCCAUUGCUACUUUCUAACUUUAAAGCUGCAAAGGAGCAGCCCUCCCCCCCCCACCCCAAGAGGUCUCUAAAAUAUCAUAGCAUGUAGUUUAAUCGUCCCCAAAUAUACCACCAAAAGCUAUUGAAUAGCACGAAGCUGAUUUAAUAGUAAGCACAUUAAGUGGUUCUGUAUGCUACUGCUUUCGAUUGUAUUACAGUUUGCCACGCGAUGGGCUGUUUAGGAAGCAGUUUGAACGUUAAACACCAAAGGAGUUUCCCAGAAUAGAGAAGUGGUAGGAUAGAGAGCGAGCAAGAAAUAUUAUUAUACCCUUAAAUACUCCUUGGUAUAGAAGCAGCUGUCUGGCAAAAUCCACGGGCAGUUCCAGAAAUCGAAGCAUCUUACUAAUGUGGGAGUGCAAUAAAACCCCCAGUAAGCGAUUUAGAGCUUCUCCUUUCUUUUGUCCUGCUAGAUGCCUGCUUAGCACCAAAUCUAAAAUUAUAAUGGUCAUUACCAAACGAUCCAAUUACCAAAAGCAAAUUCUAUCAUGCCAAGUUCUCCCAAGAUGAGAUUUAAAACUUUUUUUUUUCAAGCCUUCGAUGACAUUAUUCCAAGAAACAGCACUAAGCAAUUAUUAGCAGUCACUUUUGCUAGCCAGGCGAAGGAGAAUCCAGCGGGACAUUUAAAAGGGGGGGGGGGCCUGUCAGUGGAUUGCGGAAAGCAGGGCGAAAAUCUUAUUGUUACUAUAAAUGAUUAAUAAAUAUAUUUAAAUAAAAUUAUUAUUGCUUUGGGAAAGUCAAUAUCCUUAUCUUCAAGCUACUUUUCCGCCAACGGACCAAAGAACAGCCAUUUAAACCCACAACACACGUCUGUUUCCCCUGUUUCAACACUAUUUUUGUUGCUAUUGUCCCUAGUCUGAUUUUUAAGUCAAUUGCAGCCAAUGGGAGACAGUUCAGGGACGGCAGAUCAGGCCCACAGAUUCAAGUGUGCGCCUAGUUUCGACCGAAGUGUGCCUUGCAUUUAAAGGAGAGAGUCACAUUCUUAUGCCAUUAAACAGAGAUGAACGUGGCCAGUUGUAUUUAAUGUCCUUACUUGAUUAAAUGAUGCUAAACAAAGGCUUCCCAGAGGAAUAUGAAGCUUACAUUUCAUAAAAGAGGAAUUAUAAGAUAUUCACAGGGAGAAUAGUUGUCUUCAUAAGAAAGGAGCUUAUCUUUCAAUUUCAUACACGAUUGCAAAAGGCAAUAUUUUUACGUGUGUUUUUUUCUAAAAGAAAAAAAAAACCGCAACUCAACAGCGUCCUUUUAAUGAUUAUAUACCCACCGAGGAUCUGCUAAAACAACUCAGCAGCUGACCCACGUCUUGUCUCGAAAAUAAUGCUCAUCCCCUAUAGUUCUCUUAUUUAGCUGUUGCUUGUUCUUUAUUUACAGCACUCCGGUGCACCGGAAAAUACGGUUUAAAGACACCUACAAUCUGGAAACAAUUCUGCCCGGUGGCUGGAAACGCGAGGAGGUAAGAACCCUGUGGGUGGAAAGAGGGGAAAAAAAGAAAAGAAAGGAAUCUGUUGUCCAAUUGUUUAAAAUAGUUUCAUAUUGCAGAGAAGAGGAUUCGGUUUGCUAGCGCUUGUUACAAAGGUUACUGUGAGCUUCGGGUUUGAUAAAUAGCUAAAUCGGUUGGAAUUUUCUGCACUGCGCCAAUUCAUCUUUCGUCGUCGGUGAAUGCACGUCUUGUCAAACAAAGAAAUACAUAGAGCCUAAGUAAGAGCAAUUCUUUGAGAGCCAUUCAGAACAGGGAGGGUUGCACACGGGCUGGAAAGAGCUGGAGAAGCCAAUGAAGUCUUUAAUGAAAAUGCAUUUUGCUUAUAAAAUCCAGCUCUCUCAGGAUAGGCUCGUGAUUAAGAGCAGCUCUGCAUUUAGGAUAGCCUGCUUGUUGUUUGCUGUUCCGGGGUGGCUUUAGAUUGUUUAGAACAUGAGAACAAAAGUCACCUUUGCAACUUAGAAUACCUGAGUAUUCUCUAUGGCUGCUAGCAACUACUACUAGGAAUCAGUAAUAUCUCAUCUGCUUUACUUGCUGUUGUAGUGAAAUUUAAAAUUUUCUCUAGGUGGCCUCGUUUACACCCAGCUGAAGGCAAACGAAAUAUAUUCAUUGGUGGCAUCUAUUCAUUGAAAACUGCUCUUAAUCCUAAUAGAGGUGCCUUGCACUUUUCUCUCAUUUCAGUUCUUAAAAUCGAUGAAAACGCUUAAAACGUCACCAUAUGAUUCCCCCCCCUUUUAUUAACCAGCGUUAGAAGUCCAAGGGAGAUGUAGAGCCGCUUGAGUUUCCUGCUAGAAUUACCUGCUUUUAUGAGGCUGAAGUACAAUUAGUUUAGUUUACUACCUUUUAAACGGCAGGCAUAAAUUACAAGCCUACAAAGGCUUGUUGUGUUGAUUUAGCAGCUUGUUGAAAUUCUCCCUGCUAAAAGGCGCUGCGAAUGCCCCUUCCUGAGCCAUUUCAAGACAAAAUGUUGAUUUAAAACUAUCAACAUUCCAAGAAGGGGGGGGGAGAGGGCAAAUUACUUUAAAAUACAAAACACUUCCAAGUGUCUGAAAUAUAGCCUGACCGUAUCCUCCCAGAAAUAGCCUAGAAUUCUCUAAGAAUCGUAUUCAAUGCUUAAAUUAUAUAUAUAUAUCCCCAUUUUUCUGAUAAGGAUGCAUGAAAUUUGGACAAACUUUAAAAGAUAAUAGAUGUGAUGCAGCGCAGCUGUCCUAGUGCUUAAACGAAAAAGAUAAAAUUACUUAAGAGGAACCCAAAAAACCCAACACCCCCCCAAAACCUAGUGACAUAAAAACUCACACCAGGCUCUGAUAAUAACAGAGUCUCUAUGAGAACGUCAUUUCCUAGUUCUGAUUACCUUGCUUUGCAUUUUCAGACAUAAACGUGACAUAAAAUGUUCAGAGAAGUUCACUCGGUUUCUUCUCCGUGUACACAACAUUUUAAGGUUAACCUUAAUAAUCAGCAUUCGUUUUAAAUGAGGCGUAUUGCGGAACGGAAUUUUAAACUAAGCCCAAAACUCAAUUCCUCUAAAGCAAAAAGCACAAAUCGCUUUAUUUAAUCUAAGCAUGGAUAGCGGAAGGGAAGUCCCACUUUCUUCGGAGGAUUCUCUGCUCAGUAUAUUUACUUGGCAGAAAGUCCCACUGAAAUCAAUAGGACUUACCUCUGAGUAAAUAUGCUUUCAAAUUCGUAGAGACUUUACAGCUUAGUUGCACUUGGAUGCUAACCAAUCAUUUGAAAAACGACGUCCAUUGAUUUCAGCGCUCUCCCGCUCUCCGUCCAAGUAAUUGUGUCUUGGAUCUCGACCUCCUGUCUACUCCGCGCCUUCUUUCUUCCGCAUGCAUUCCACUGCUAUGUGUGCAGAAAGAGGCGGGGCAGCCUAGCCCUGUUCCCUAAAAUGAAAUGUAGCGUUUUUAGCUCUCCCAAAAGCGUUCAGAUUUCCCAGUCCUCGAAGUAACAGAUGAAGGCAACGGAGAACCUCCGCGAGGAAGGCGAAAUGGGUGGCGAGGCUGCUGCCUUCCUGUCCAUUCCCAUUUGUAUUUCUCAAAAUUCAAGAUCUCUGAAGUUCGACCCAAGCAAAUGAAUUCCAGGUCAGCUUUUUGGUGGGUGUUUUUGUAUUGAAAAGGAGAAAUAAUAAGCAGAGUUACCAGGACUCCAGUGAAGCAAGCUUGUCUCCUAUAAAGCACAGCCUGAAGAAUUAGCUCCUCAUAAAUCACCAAGAAGUUACUUUUCCUUAGGAAAAAACAACACACCCCACAUAUUCACUAUCCAUGCAAUACGCACCGGAGUUAAUAGUUCAACGGCAGAUUUCACAUUAACUUGAUCGUUAAAACUAAUACAGACCUACAUAGCAAAGGGCCCUUCCCUUGUUUAAAAAUAAGGAAAGGAAAGGGGGAAAGGAUGUACUCAUAGAUGGCGUUAAGGCGUGUAAGUUGAAUCUGCACCCCAGAGUUAUGAUUUAUGGCUUUGUAGUUUCUAUUUGGUAAAGUCAUCUUUCUGCUUCUGACUCAAAGCAGUCGAUAACGUUUUACUCGAGAUUCAGGAAGAUUUGCUGCGCCUACCUCCCCCAUCUGCUCCAUUAUCCAUUAAUUUUGGCUGCAUUGUUGCUGAAGAACUUCUGAAGGCCUCUUUUGACUGCGCUGAAGGCACUUUAGUUUAAAUGCCUAGGAAUCCAUCUCUUGGAUAAGGGUGCUCCCUGUUUAAAGUUUAGCAUUUGUCAGUGGAACUAUUAGUGACGGACAUGCCUAUGACUAUUCUACAAGUUUCCCUUGAAUACUCCCCUCACUCUCUUUUUUAAGGUUGCUUGUGGCCUAAGCUCUGCAGGUUCUAGUCCUAUCAAGCGGUGUAAUUUGGUUCCAUUAAAGGCUAUGUUCCGGGAAGGAAAAUGUAUAAAGGUAGCUUCGAAGUAAUAUAUAUUUGGGCAUUCUGCCACUGAGUUCAGUGGGAAGGAAGAAAGAAAGUUGCUUUCAGAAGAACUCUGAGCUUAUGAAAACUCUGAGCCUAGAGAGCUUCUGGAUGACAAGGGGAGCUUUUUGUGUGAGCGCAGAAAUCCCCACAUUUCCACUUAACACGGUUGUGGAACGAGAUGAAGGUUACUAGUGCGGUUAAAUCCACCAGCCUCUUAAAAGUUAAGUUGCAGUCAAAGGAAGAGGACGGCUCAUAAUUUGAUCAAAAGGCUGGCAGAAGAUACAUUUCAUCUGCUCACACAUAGUAAAUGGGGUUCUCUCCCCGCCCCGAGCCCUAAUGCAAGUGAUGAAAGAAAUAGAAUACAGUGAAACUUGCUUUAGAGUUGGUUGGAGGAACAGCUGAGAGGGAUGUUACAUAGGAAACCGGGCAAGAAAUUCAGAACCACCAUCGGCAAAGUGGGCCCAUAAUGCAUUUAAGGUAGAAACGACGUUUGCCUUGUAAGACAUGGUCACUUUGUUAGAGCACUAUGUAGCUUGUGGAAACUGAACAGAAAGAAAAAGACUUUUAGAUCUGCAUACAAAUGAAAGAUUAAUUCAUUUCUGAGGCUCACUCCAGGGACCUGUGUGAGAUCUCCCCCCCCCCAAUUCUUGCUUGAUUUUCUUUUCUUUUUUUUAAACCCUCCCUCUCCGGACAGUUAGAUCAUUAUUCCGCGCUAAAUAUUUCAUCGUUCCAGAACCCUAUAAUUUUGUACAUCACUCAAGUACUUGCAUAGGAAAUGCGUAAGCGCAGGUUGAAAGAGAAGGUCGCAACAGAGUUUGCAAAAUGUAGAUCCACCACAAAGCCAGCAGACGCCUUCCUCCUCCUCCUCGUCGUCCUCCUAGGGUGUUAACAAGUAUAGAAGCCCACCAACUCUAUACCAGAGGAUCCUUGGGCCUUUUGUCAGGUAAUUACGGGUCUUUGGGGUUCCUACAACGGCUCUGCUGUAACGUGGGUGUUCAGCAAGCUCCAUUCAAUAGAAGUACAGAGGAGCCCGUGGGAUGGCGGAUACCCCCCCCCCUUUAAUACUGAAGGGCUUUUCCUUAUGGAAAUAGUGGCAGAAGUUCAUCUCGGAUGGAGCCAGCUGCCCUUUUUCCUCUAAGGGUCAGCGCAGAGUUUCUCCUUCAGAACGAGGCCAGUAGGUUAGCCUCAAAAAGUUAUGGGUAAUCACAUGAGGGGGGGGGGAAUUGUUGAUUCUUCCUAUCUUCCAUCUGAAACGUAUAUAGAAAAAUAUUCGUGGGAGGAGUGGGAUAAAAAAAUAAAAGAUAAUCUGUGCCCCCCCUUUCUUGGCUAAAGCUUAAGGAGGGGUGAGAGAAGAAACAGAAAAGAAAGGAGGAGAAAGAAACACACACACACACACACACACACACACACACACACACGAGACUUGCGCUUCCAACCCUUGUUCCUUCAGUGAUUCCCUGUUUCAAAUAAAAGGAUUUAAGUUGACGUAUGACCACGUGAGCACAUAAUACAGCGCAUUAUUGUGGCAUUUGGAGUGGAGACCCGGACUGGCUUCGCCCGUGAUUACGUUUUUUCCGUUUCUGUUCAGAGCAAGAACUGCUUUCUAUUAUCCACCAUCAGCGCCGCCGCCGCCGCCGCCGCCUCCCCCCCCCCCCAAACUACCAACCCACCCGCUCACCCUCGGAGAGAGAGCUUCCACUUGGGCUACGGCGCUCGGUCCUUAUGGAAAGGUUAUCGCCGGACUGUUAGGACGCGAUGCUUCGCUUAAAAAAAAAGAGAGGAUGGAUUUUAUUUUAAGGUAUUUCCGCCGAUUGUUCCUUUACCGUGGGUGACUUAUGGCUGGGCGAGGCAAAGGUCAGGAGAAAAAGCUUAAGGGUGUAUAUGGACACCAGGCAAGCCUCGUUUCCCCCUUUGUUUCCCUGGGCUUGUGGAAGGGGGGCGAGAGAGAGAGCUUUGCAACAAACAGAUCAGAGAAUAUUUGCCCCCCCCCAUGGGUUUUGGAUUUCUGCGUGUUCUUGUGACUGGGCUUUGUUGUGGCUUUUUGUUGUGGUCUGGAUGCUUUAGUGGCCGUUGUUUUUUAAAUCGCCCAACAGAAGCAGGAGAGGACAGAGUCAAGGCUUUUGGUUGUCCUGUUUAUUAUAUACCCCUGAUGCUGAUUUAAGUGUGUUUUGGGAAGCGUCACGCGACCGUGAUCCGAGCCAUCUUUCUUUCUUUCUUUCUUUCUUUCUUUCUUUCUUUCUUUCUUUCUUUCUUUCUUUCUCUCUCUCUCUCUCUCUCUCUCAUUCUGGACCUUCAAAUCGAUGAGUAUGCAAUUCUGCUACCAUUUUAUUUAUGCCACUUACUGGUAUUUUGUUGACUGGUGGCCCACUGAACGCGCGACUGGUGGGAUCUCCACCAUUCCAGGAGGAAGAAACCAGGCGGUUUUCCUGCUCUCCCUGCUCAAUUUUCAAGCUGUUUCCCUGUCUUCUCCCUCUGUGAGAAUGGAAUAAAAGCAUCCACCCAUACCCCAUAAUAAUCAAUGGGAAUAUUGGAGCGGGGAGGGGGGGGGAGCUGUGGUUGGAUUGAGCAAGGAUCUGGAAAGGAAAAGAGGGCGCUUGAACCUAUUUUUCUCUCCAAAAGCUUUACAUUCGCAGUUAGAUUUCCUUUACCUCUCACCAAGUCUUAACCAGCUAUUCAUUCAGUUUUAUGGAGGGAGAUGCACCGCAAAUAAGGGGGAGGGGGAAUGAAAGCACUGCUUGUGUUAUACAAGGGGACAAAUGUUAUAUAAAAUUACAUCCACCACUGAGUCCCAGCAUUGCUAAAGGUCAGAGUGCUGACUUUUGAUUUAUGUUGCCAGUGGGCUAGGGGCAGAGCGCUCGCCUACACGCUGCUGCGCCUCCUCCCUCUCCCUUCUUAAUGCCCAGUUGCAAUUAUUCAAUUCAGGGUUAGAUUUUAGAAUUGGGGGUUAAGGAGCAAAAGCUGCUUCUUCUUCUUCUAUUAUGAAUAAAACUCCCUUAUCUAAAACAUGAUGGUUGUUUAAUUCUAGAAUGUGUCUUGCGGAUAUUGUAUAUUUCCCCCCUUCCCUGAUCUGUUCACCGACCAGAUCCUAAAUUAAUAAAUGAAAAGUAAGCGGAUCCAAAUUGUCCAGGAAUCUCUUUACACAUAUGCACCUCUAUACACUCUUUCAGAUAGAUAUGAAAGAGGUGGGGGAACUUUUUUUCUUUGUGGGGAGGGGGGAGGGGAAUUAGAUUUCAAAUAGGCCGAAACCUCUUUGGGAAAAUAAAUAAAUAAAAUGUAAGUUUUAAUUGUGGCUCAAUUACUUUGUCACGGUUUCUUAUGAUUUAUGACCUAGUUUUGGUGCAUUUUGACCCAGUUAAAACAGUCAUAAAUAAUAGGAGUGCUGAAGCUGAUAUGAAAAAGGGCUUUUGUGCACAAGUGUUGGUAAGUAAGUAAAUAAUAAUAAUAAUAAUGAUUCCGGUUAAAAUCCUCAGUAUAUAUGCUGAGUAAAUACAAAACGAAGUGUCAAUAGCGGUUAUAUGGGGUUUGAUAAGAUAAACAGUGAUAAGAGACCAAAGAGGCUUCUUCUCCCUAAGGUUGGAAGCGAUACACUUCUGGGAUUGAGAUCCUAAACACCCUUACCGGGAAGCAAAUGCCAUAAAAAGCCAAUGGUACUUACUUCCAAGUAACCAAGCUGAGGUUCGGCGUAUUAAGCGUCUCAGAUUUGCAUUUUAUCAAGACUCUGUACCAAACAAGCCUCUCUCCCUGCAAUUAAAUCAGUUGAGUAGUUCUUCUCGGUGCCUUCUUGCAAUACAGUUAUUCCGGAGUUCUGAAUAAUUUUCUCUUCCCAGGAAAUAGAUAUAUUUAUAUUUUCUUUCACAACGCAUUCCGAAAUCUUUGGGCUAUUUGCCGAAAUGAUCGACGAAACUCCCCUGGAUUUUCUACCCAGAGAAGAGAAAAUGUUCCUUUACAAACUUCAGCUCCUCGUUCAAAAUGUAGUGUAGUAUCUGUUGGUUGGUUUGUUUGUUUUUCCGGUGAGCAGCCCACCCCCAGGUUGCAGAAAGGAUUUUCAGGGAAGGGAGGGGCACCCUGAGAUAUUCAUUUAUUCCCCAGUAUAAUCCAGUUAACUGGAAACAUAUUUAUGCCGCUUGACUCCCAAUGGCAUAAAUCCAAACAUCGUGGCUUCUUAGAAGGGAGAGUAUUAAGCAACUGCAGCUAUAUAAAGUAAAAGUAAGAUUUAUUUAUUUUUAAAUGAUCAGGUUGGAUUGAGAAAAGAUACAAAGCCUAGAACAGAAUUCGGGGUGGGGGGUAAUUUCACUUAUUAAAUUAAAUAGCCUGUUUAAUUUAAAUAUUCAGGGCUUAGAAAUCCACCCCCGCUUCCAACCACAGAUCCUUUAUCUGAUUUACCUCUAAGGUGAAAUAUGUUAUCUCUGCGUCAGAACAUUGCUCGCCACAAAAUUAUCCUAAAGUAAUUCCGAAGUGUGACAGAGCUCUCCCACCUCGCCAUCGCUGCUGGGAAUCCCAAGACUGCCUUUGUGGCAAGUGGGGUGCGCGCGCGGUGGAUACCCGGACCGUCUUCUGUAAUUUGUUCCGGAGAGGGUUUCUCUCUCUGCCACCCGCCUUGCUCCCCACACAAAUCCUCCCCCACUUUCUUAGCCGGCAUCUUCCUCUUUUUUUUGGUGGCUUAAAAAAAAAAAGGAAAAGUGUAGCAUCAGCAGCUUUCAGAAGAAAAGUACGAGGUUGAUUAUUGACCAAAAGAGGCGUUUUCUCUUCCAGCGCAACUUUCAAGGGGUUGUUUGUAGCAAAGAACUGCCUACCAGUGAAUUUUUUGGGGGCCCCCUCCUACGCCGCUCAGCUUUCCCCUUUCAAGUUGGGAGCCGCCGCGAUCUGCUACGAGGAGCAAGUGUUUUCUGUUGUGAAGCUCUGUUUACAGCUUGGGCGCACGGAGUCAUAAAUCUUGCCUAGCCAUAAAUGACAAAAACCAUUGGUAUGCGUAAGAGGCUACCCUGGCCUUAGAGUCCUUGUGUGUGCAUGUGUUUAAAUAUCCUCUUUCUUCCCCUCCUUUUGCUUUGUUUCUGCUUUAAGGUGACAUUGCGGUUUAAAGGGAGCCCUUUGUAUUUCUCGCACCUUGGGUUUUAUCGAAGGCAUGUCAGAUUCACACCUAGGCUUUAUCCGAGUGCACCGCGGAAGGUCUGAAGCGCCGAGCGGCUCCUUUGUCUUGCCUUAGAAGAGCCUUGAUGCUCUCCGUAGGUCCAGCUUGGUUUUGUUUUUUGUUUUGUUUUUGGAACCCAGAAGCAUUCUGCUGGCUAAACCUCGCGACAUUUGGUUUGGUGGUUGGAAGGGAAUAAAGAAAUGGUUAGGAGAAGGGAGACUAGGACAAAGACUAAGAGGGGGGCGGCGGAAGAGAACUGAAGUUCACAGAACCAAACAUCCACGCCCAUCAGCAUGCAACCACAACAUUACAUAUGUCCGUGUGCGUAUUUUUAUAAAUACACACGGAGAGGUGUGUCUUUAUGGAUGAAAACACUUUCAUGCUAGCCUCUCUGAACGCAUUUACAGAGGUCCUCCGCGCACACCUAGGCUUCAGAAAGUCUAGGAGCCCCUCCAAAUUAUUUAGAACCCGAGUCCUAUUUGUUUCUGCCGCGGAAGGAUGCGCAGCUUCCCCAUUCGAUCCUAACGAUGUUUGCUCGCCAGCAAACCCCGUCGAUUUCAAUUCGAUCGGCUUUCACCUAAGCACCCUUUAGGAGUAGGUUUGCCUGUCUCAGUUCCAUUGAUCUGAACAGAGACAAACAUGCCAGCAAUUCGGUUCUAACUGGGAACGGAGUCUUUAUGGGAGUGACAUCCCAUUUGCGCGGGAUUCAGUGGCAAAAAAGAAAUCGCCUCUCGGUGUUGAAUCUUUGCAGCUUGUUUGCGUACCACAGUCGCGUGGGUAUCCCGCAUCUAGUUGCGCGCGUUAAUGUAAGCCUAGGGGAAGGGCAUGUGUGUGUGUAGAUGCGUCCUUACAUGGGCAUCUGGCUGCGGUUGCCUAUCUCGGGUGAGCGCGCCCGUUCAUCAUCCCGAAAUGUCAUUACUUUAAUCGUUCCUUUGAAACGCUGUCUAGAUUGGCCUGGGUGGUAGACAGAUCAGAGGGCUCCUGGUUUAUUACAAUGGGGAGCACCCGAGCCUUCCAGGAGUUCCAGGUUUCGACCCCUUCUGCACGUCCAAAAGAGUCCAUAUCUACUAUAAGCACCUUCAUAUAACGUGGAAAUACGCGCGCGCGCACAUAUAUAUCAACAAUCCGGUCUAGGGAGGGUGACCCCUUUGUGAGCAUCCUUUGUCUUCAUUUGCAUAAUUUCCCUGGCCUUCAGUGCCGCCCCGGCGCUUCCCUCCCUCCCUCCCUCCCUCUUUCUUCGCCCUCCCUCCCUUCCCGCUCCCCACCCCCCACUCUGCUCGCCUGCUCGCCUGCCUGCCCCGGACUUCCCGAGGCAGCUGCCUUACCCCCCCUUCAAACAAACGCCCCCUUGGGCGCACAAAGAUUUCAGAAGAAACAUCCCUGCUGCUUUUUUUUUUCCUGUAGAAAAUCUGGUCAAGGUGGGAGAAGCCGGGCUCCCGUAGCCUGGGGAGGCUCUUGAUCGCGGCCAGGCCCGAGGAGCGUGGGGAGGUGGAGGUAGGGGCUGGAGCGAAGUAAAGGCUCGCGCGGGGCGAGGAGGGGCGGGUGGCUCUCCGUCAGAGGCGAGCUGGAGAAAGAUCCCCUUGCGCGCGUGCCCUCUUCCUGAUCAAGGCAGGGCUGCUCCCAUCUGUACUCGUGGGCUCGUCCUGGUGGAGAUGAGUUGAGCUGGGACCCAUCCCGGAGAAGCUGAGGGGACUUGCUUGGGGAGGGGGACUCGCGAGGUGGAGUGGGGGGGCAGUGGAUUGAGGAGAAGAGUCGUGCUCCCAGGGCUGGCGGGGAGCGACUGUCGCCGAGCCUCCAAAGAGCAAAAUGCGGGCUUCCGCCUCAGUCGUCAGAAGUUAAGGUAAGCAGGCCACAAAUACGCUGCUAUCAGUGGUGAAUGGCGGAGUUUAUGUCCUGGUGAUUUAUGACCAGAGACUUAAAUCUCGGUUCAAGAAGAGUUCACAGGCUGGAGCUUCCUUCCAGGCAGUGACGGAUAGACCCUGGUGCUUCGAGUUCAGGCCACUUGCCCACCCCCUCCCCUCCACUUUCCCUUUAUCUGGCAGGAAAUCUUGGGGCGAAGGGAAGGUGGGUGAGAGGGGGGUGCCCGCCUGGAUUGAGUAGGGUGAAGGGAAAAGACGGGAGCGCGAGAAAGAAACAGCUCGAGAUUGGUCGCCGCAGCUCGCUCCACGAGCCAGUUGAGGAGGAUUGAAACUUUUAGGCCAGUUCAGUCUCCCUGUUUUCCAACCAGGACUGUAUCGGCUCAUGUCCAGGCAACCCGCCUUUUUCUGAGCUGUGGAUCGAGGCGUGGAAGGGAGGAGGGUUUUUUGUUGUGUUUUUUUUUAAAAAAACAACAACUGAGUGUGGGGUGGGAGAAGCAAUAGGGAGACUUCCCUAACCAAGCAAAAGUUUCCACCAAAGCUUCCUAGUGUUUCUAAGGAGCUCGGAAAGUCCUAAUUGAUGAGGAUAUUUUAUUUGCAAGGGUCGGUCUAGUCUUCUUGCUCACCCCUUGGGACACUUUUGGAUCCUGAGAUAGUACAAUCCUGCGCACAUUUCUUCCUGGGAAGGGAGUCCAACCGAAUAGAGUGGGACUUACUUCCCGGUUAAAUAGACAUGGGAUCGCCCUAUAAGGCAGCGAGAGUAAACUCCAUGCAACUCCAUGGAACUUACUUUGGAGUAAGCUUAUGUAAGACUGGGCUGCGUAUGAUCCCACGAUAAGCAAUCAAGUUUUUAUGAAGUCUGCUGGCCAAGUCACUGGGUUGCGUGACAAACUUCUGCGCGGCCUAAUUUUGCUUGUAACCUGUUCCUCCCCGCCAGUUUCCUUUUGUCUAACAUCUGUGCAUCAUCAUCAGCAAUAGGCAAAUGAUAUGAAGAGUGCAUUUUACUUUGAAUUGAUAAUACAAUAUAAGAUGUGAUCCAGAGCCACGUCCUUUCGUGGAAGUUUUGCCCAUGAUUUCAACCGGAGUUGUUUAUUAGCACCCCCUCCUUUCAUUGUUUGAGAAUACUUUGGUAUACCUUUGCUCGGAGUGGGCUGCUGACUUUAAGGAUGAGAAUUGCCUUAUUCCUCUCACUUCACACUCUCUUUGGCAUCAUCCUGCACCUGAGCUGGUUCUCGCCUCUCUGCCAAAGCUUACAAGAACAAAACUUAAACGCCUGGGACAGCGUGGAAAUAUUAUGAAUUUGAUCAAACGGGAACCACGAUCAUAACAGACCCCACCACCUAAUUUGUGGUUCACAGAAGAUAACAGGCCUCUGCAAAGGAAGCCCGGAAAUUAGCAGAAUGAUUAGAAGACAGAUAGCAACAGUAGGAUCUACAAUCAAGGUUUUUUGUUUUUGUUUGUUAGGUAUUUUAGGUUUAAGUCGAUUCACUCUCAAACUGGAGGAAAUCGGUUUAUGGCUGGAUUGUGUUCCGGGGCUACAGUUUCUAAACUGCAGCCAAAGAAAGUUAAUUGCCUACAUUUUUAGCUCUUAACCGCCGGGUUAAGAAAGGACUUGAUUACUGUUUAAAUAAUAAUAAGAAUCAAAAGGCAGCUGCCAUCUGUAAGGGGUUUAUUAAAUUAGUUUGUCUCUACAAUGUGCCUUGUUUUCUAAGGAAACGAGUGUGGACUGAAAUGCUAACACAUGUAAUGAAUUUGAGUGGGUGCCUAGGGUGCUGUGUAAUGUUUUCUUCAAGAAUAUAAGCCUUGGCACAAGACCAUCUUGGCGGAGAAGAGGGAACCGAGGGUGUUUUGUAAGAAGAUAGGGAUAGGGAAACUAUGAAGGUGCGGAUAGAUGGGUUUUGAUAUCGUGAUUUGGCCGGCCUGUAAAAAAAAAAAAAAGUUCUUAGAUGGCAGAUAAAAUUCCUGGGAAUGGAAGCCCAUCUCUAACCUCGGUUGUACUCAUGCAGGUAAACAUUGUGGAGUGAACAGAAAAAGAUUCGCCUGGGUUGUAGGAGCCUUCUGCGGUUUUGUGUGUCCAUUCUCCUUUUCCCAGCCAAAUGACCCUCAUACAUCAAAUUACAUAGCAGUUCCAAAGACAGAGCCUAUUAUCGUUAAGUUGGUAGGAAAGUUCAAUCCGUGGUCAUGGAGAUGAACGCUGGUUUUUCAGGUUCCUGGUGUGUGUCUUUCCCCCAAUCCAUCAUGUUUGAGCAGGUAGAAUUUGGGUAUAUUACAUGAAGGGGUUUGGGGGAGGGGGAAGUGAAGAUACUGACUGAUAAUAUUUUAAAAGUUCAUAUGUGCCUAAUAUACCCCCGAAAUAGUUAUUAGCUGUUCCCGCAGAACGCAAUGGACAGAAAUAAUAUACAGUAUAGGCCCGAGGGUGCGAAGGAAACGUCCCACAAAAGCAGGUCUAGCUGAAAGGCCGCCUCGGAUUAUUAUGUUUGGUUACAUGUUGAGGCUGUUUGAUCCUGGAGGCCAGAUUUGUGUCUCUGUCUAAAGGCGCAGCAGUUAAAGCUAAUUUAUGCGCAGGAAGUUGGCUGGUUAUUAAACUGCGAAGGAGAAGGGCUUCCCUCGUCGCUGUGCUGUUUCAUCACACGAGGGCCAUUAUGGGUUGCAUUUGUCAAACGUUUCCUAGCAAACAGUUCAUGUGUUCGAAUCCCUCGAGUGCCAGAACGUUGAGUAGCCCUUCACGGGGAAUGCGAUACAGUUAUUUAUGGGUCUUCUGGCUUUCCCUUUUCUUGUUUGCUUUUUUAAAAAAAUGCAUUUCAAAAUGAUGUUUGCUUAAUAAUAAAAAAGGAGGGGGGAGCAAAAAAAAUAGUCUAAAGAGGAAAGAGCUACGGAUUUGCUCAUUAUUUUGGGGGUGGGGCGGGGAGAAAAUAUCACUUUCCCACGGUGACCACAAGUUUACUCUGGUCGUUCUUAUCUAGAGACUCUCCCUUUAAAUAACCUACGAAGUCCCUUUCCUGAGAAUUGAUAAAUUGGUUCUUAGAGUAAGGGUGGGGUGCGUGUGUGUAGAUUUUCAUCUCUCUCUCUCUCUCUCUCUCUCUCUCUCUCUCUCUGUGUGUGUGUGUGUCUGUGUGUAUACACACACACACACAAAUAUAGAUAUGAAAAUCCUAGAAAACUACACUCUCCCGGAGCAGUAAAGCACACAGUACCGGCUGCCUAGUAAAUCCCAGCCACUAUCGAAAUUCUCUUCGCCCUCCAGGCCAAGUCAUGCUGCUAAAUAUUGCUGACCACUUUUUCUGUUAUGGCUUUCAUGUCACUUAGCUAUUGAAAGUAAGAUGGAUUUGUACUAUUUCUUCACUCUCCUGCGCUUUCCCUACACCCUAGGUCUACCAGGACGGGCCAUUGGAGGAAAAACGUCACGUGA